UUUACAUAAAAUAUAUACAAAAAGAAGUUGAGAUGUCAACUAUCAAGGGCUUGGUCGACGCGCUAUUUAGAGUGGGUCGCAAUCAAAGUCCUUGCCUCCCAAGUAUCUUUCCUUGACCAAAAUUUAUAUAAGUCCAAACCAUUCCUCUUCUUUCCUUCAAACCUUUCUUUCCUCAGCUCAAUUUUAGCAGUCCAAAAUGAAGAGGGAAGGUCGCCAACAUGGCAUGGUAAGAACCUACCGGAUCAUCCCAUCCCCAUGGAACCCAAGACCCAAAACUCGGUUCGUUAACGAACUCGAUUUCCCUCCUACUGCUGGCCUUUUCACAAAGGUUUCAUCCAAACCUACCAAUCACUCCAAGUUCACUGGGAAAUGUGGCAAGCCCCGAUGCUCUGGCUGCAGGCUACACCCAGUUCAAAAGGCCAAGGAUAAAGCUAAGGGAUCUAAUAAGUUCAAGGCGCACCAUCUCCUCAAUGACUGCUCGCUGGUGGUUCCCUUUGAUGAAUGCCCCAGCUUCAUCGACGACGAUGAUGAUGAUCAGACGCAGAAAGUAACAGAUUUCGAAUCAAGGGUCGAAGAUAUUCGUCGUCAUGUGGAUGAUGACGAUGACAUGAGUUAUUGUGAAGUUGAGUUCGUCGUGGACGAAGCCAUGGAGGGAGGUGAUAUUUGGUGUUUGGUAGAAGAAAGACCAGCAAUCUAACAGAGAACAAGGCAGAUAAAAGUAAAAGACACCCUUCAUUCAUGGCUUUAAUGUGCUUUUAUCAAUGUGGAUAUGAAUAAUGGUUUCACUUUGUAAUCUAACUCUGUCUUUGGAUACCAAUUGACAACUUCUGUUGUAACUCUUUGUUGAAUUCUGAUGAAUAAAUGAUAUCUUCAUAGCAA